AUGGAAGAAUUGGAGAUCAUUGCAAGUAAAGUUUCUGAUAUCGUAAGGCUUGCAGAUAUGAGCAUGACACUUGCAGAGACUGUCUUGUAUGUACUAAACUACAUUUUGCUGCAAGAAACAGAAGAUCAGACCAUUAAGAAAAUGGCCAAUAGUAUCCUGAAGACGACUGAGGAGAUAGGCUAUAAGGUGACUUACACUGGAAGAAAUACGUCGGUCAUAACCACUUCCUUGGCUUUGUUGGUGAUGCGUCCAGAUCCCAACGUGUUUGGAGGACUGGCCUUUGGUGUUACCUCCUAUGACAGAGGCAUGGGUCUCAAGAUCAGUGUUCAAGAAAACCCUUUCAAAAAGGCCUUGGCCUCAGUGUUUUUGCCAAAAUCACUGAAGAAAUUCCUAGGGAUUGAGCACUCUGACCCGGACAAGCAUUCAAAGAUCCAGUUUAAGUUUUUUGGCACUACAUCACUCUUUGCGGAUGACAGUUUAACGAAGGAGAUGUUGAAUACUUACGUUGUGAGUGCCAGCAUUGAAAACGCAUCAGUUCAGAACCAUAAUGAGCCUGUGAUUAUUACUCUUCAGCACAUAGUCCAAAAUACGGGUAAUGCAGCAGUGCAGUGCGUCUUUUGGGACUUCUGGAAAAACAAUGGACUGGGUGGUUGGAAUACAUCGGGGUGUGAAAUGGAAUAUACAGAUAUGAAUUACACAAUCUGUUUUUGUAACCAUCUUACCCAUUUUGGAGUCCUACUGGACUUGUCCCGGACAGAGAUAGAUAUCACACAUGAUCGUAUAUUAACUCUGAUAAGCUAUGCAGGAUGUGGUACUUCUUCCCUGUUUUUGGGUAUAACACUGGUGACAUAUCUAGCCCUUGAAAAGCUGCGGAGAGACAACCCUUCAAAAAUCCUGCUCAAUCUUUGUGCUGCACUGCUGAUGCUGAACAUGGUUUUCCUCACCAAUUCCUGGCUGUCCUCAUUCAACCAGCCAGGUCUCUGUAUCACUGUGGCCGUGCUCCUUCACUAUUUCCUUCUUGCAGCUUUCACAUGGAUGUGCCUGGAGUCUGUUCAUUUUUACUUGGUUCUUGUCAAAGUUUUCAAUGUUUAUGUCCCAAAGUACAUCCUAAAAUGCUGUAUUGCUGGCUGGGGAAUACCAGCUAUUGUAGUUACUAUUGUGCUCAUUAUAAAUAAAGACUUUUAUGGCAAUGGAUCACAUUCUGAGAGCAAUCCCUUCAGCAAUUUUUGCUGGAUUCAGGAGAACAUAGUGUUUUACAUGUCCGUUGUGGCCUAUGUCUUCUUAAUAUUUUUGAUGAAUACAGCCAUGUUCAUCACUGUUCUCCUUCAAAGCCACUCUAUGAAGAGCUGA